ACCAAGAUGAGCGAGGCUCGUUCCCUGACCCACUAGCCACCGGCAAGGAUUCUAACUGCUGGGCUCCUCCGUCCCUGGUGGGCGCAUGCUUCCACAGGGUGAUCUCAAGGGCAGGAUGGAACCGCACACUUGAUGGAUGAGGGACGUCUCCUCUCCAUGCCUCCGGGUCCACUGCAAGAAAAGGAGGAAGAAGAAAAAGGGGAAGAGGAAGAAAAGGGUUGGCGUCUUGGCAGCAAGAAGGAUUUCUCUCUCUUUGGCUUUGUUUGCUUGUUGUUUUUAAUAAUCCCUGGCUCACAAACGGCUUCUCUCCUCUGCUUCUUCUUCAAAGAUUAAGUUUUGGGAAUGUCAUCCUGGCGUGUUUUUGGAGAGGAGAAGACAGAGCAGUGAGUGGAAAGGUGUGGCUUUGUGGUGGUUUCUUCAGGACACCCUUUGUGAGAAGCAGAAAUGAACAUUGGUCUUUUUCCAGGACACAGGACGAGACGCCAGAGCCCCGGAUUUUGGGUACCACGUGCCUGCCUAAUCUUAUCCAGGCUGGGUCCUCUCCUCUUCCUCUUCCCGACAGCUGGAGGCGCUGAGGCUGCACAGAUGUCAAUUCCGGAGAUACGGCUGGUGAAUGGGCGCAGCCGGUGCCAGGGCCGCGUGGAGAUCCUCUACAACAACACAUGGGGCACAGUGUGUGAUGAUGACUGGGACAUCGUGGAUGCCAACGUGGUGUGCCGCCAGUUAGGCUGCGGGCGUGCCAUUGCCAUGCCGGCCACCCUCUCCUUUGGCCAAGGGCGUGGCCCCAUCUUUCUCGACAACGUGGACUGCAAGGGGAGGGAGCCCGUCCUCAGCGAGUGCAGUAGCCUCGGUUGGGGCAUCCACAACUGCUACCACUAUGAAGACGUGGCGGUCACGUGUAACGAGCUAUUCCCUACCGAAGCACCGAGAGGCCCCAUCACUAAGAUGGCCACAGCUUUCCGGCAAAACGGGAAAAGUGAUGGGAGCCUCCGGCUGGUGAACGGGGUCAAUGCCUGCCAGGGCCGUGUGGAGAUCUUCUACAAAGGGUACUGGGGCACCGUGUGCGAUGACGACUGGGGGCUCCGUGACGCCGGAGUGGUUUGCAAGCAGAUGGGCUGCGGCCGCGCCGUGGACUACCGGACCAACGCCUUCUUUGGCUACGGCACAGGGCGGAUCCUCCUGGACAACGUCAACUGCGACGGGAGCGAGCCGCACCUCUCAGCCUGCUACAGCCUGGGCUGGGGCAUCCACAACUGCGGCCACCACGAGGACGCCGGCGUCGUCUGCUCGGGCCUUGGGACAACAACAGCAUCUGUCAUCACUACUUCAGCAGUUCAUAACUACGAGGAGUCGUUCACUGACACGGCCACAGGUGGUGGCAUCAGGCUGGCAAACGGAAACAGCAGCUGCCAAGGCCGGGUGGAAGUCCUCUAUGGGGACAGCUGGGGGACCGUCUGUGACGAUGACUGGGAUUUCCCCAAUGCCCAGGUAGUCUGCCGGCAGGUGGGUUGCGGCUCGGCAGUGGUGGCCACCGUCUUGGGAUACUUUGGCUAUGGCACUGGCCCCAUUCUCCUGGAUAACGUGGACUGCACCGGCGUGGAGGCGGAUUUGGCCGACUGCUUUAACCUAGGGUGGGGGCAACACAACUGCGGCCACCACGAAGAUGCCGGGGUCAUCUGCCGAGGUGCAGGCGAAAGAGGAGAAGCCUUCCCGGAGGACAGCUUUGCCACGAUGACCCCAACCACCACGCGGCCCAAGGAUGGCUUCCUGCGGCUGGUCAACGGGAGUCACCGCUGCGAAGGUCGGGUGGAGUUGUUCUACCUUUCUCAGUGGGGGACGGUGUGCGAUGACGCCUGGGACAUCAAGGACGUGAAAGUGGUGUGCCAGCAACUUGGCUGUGGACGGGCUUUAGCCGCCUCGGGAGAGGCCCGGUAUGGCCCUGGCGCAGGCUACAUUUUCCUCGACAAUCUGAAGUGCAAAGGAGACGAGUCCUCCCUUCUGCGUUGCUCCCACAUCCGCUGGAAUGUCCACAACUGUGACCACUCGGAAGACGCGGGCGCACUCUGCCACUUGCUAUGAUGUGCCGGAAGGUGAGGUCCACGUGGGUGGCCUCCUUAGGGGUUCUGUGCAGGCUCAUGAAAGGACACAAGAGAGGGGUACCACUGGCAGAAUCCUGCUCCCUCCAGGUUCUUUUCUCGCACCUCAAGCUUCUGGUCUUCAUUAUGACCAGCCAGCGGCAGGCAGUCUUCAGAGGUCCCGAGGCUGUAACACCUGACUGUCUCUAGGUCCAGGAAAGCACACACAUAC